AUGGACACAUUCAUCGACGGCCGCUUCGAACGGCUCCAACGAGCCCUAGCCAGCCUGAUCGACUCGGUGAACAAGUACCACCCGUCGACCAUCCAGGCUGGUGAACUCCAAGCUGCCGACGAGGAUCUCUGCAGGGGGCUUGAACAAGUCCAGACCCAUCAGAUCAACCACCUCCGCAUCCAGCAGCUCCGCAAAUCCUCCACCGCCCUAGACGACCAGAUCAAGGACACGCUGUCUAGCCUAGCCUCUACGCGCCGCGACAUCUCGACGACCCACACGACCACCUUCCCCGACGGGCCCAACUACCCCGUCACGUACGAGGAACUCCUGAGCUAUGCGCGGCGGAUCAGCAAGACGACCAUGGCGCCCGCCGGUGCCGUGAAGCCGCCGCCGUCGACGGCCCCCGCUGGCAUGGCCUCCCCGGACAUCCAGACCCCCAUGACCACCGCCUCCGCGGCCCCGACACCUUCCCAGCCGCAGAGUCCGUCCGUGACGAACGGUCCCGCUGCCGGUGCUACCGCUACCGCUACCGCUACUGCCGGUGCUGGUUCGUGGCCCUCGUCAACCCCAGCACCGGCUACCGCUCAGCCGCAGAACGCCAACAUCACCCUCCCCGACGUGGUGAGCCAGUACCUCAACCCUCUGUCCGGCCAGCUCUUCUUUCCCUGGCCCCCGGAGGAGAAGAUCCGCGGCGGCGCCCUGGCGUCCAACCAGAUCCUCGAGGACAAGGGGAUAGACCCCCGCGGGUACGACCCCGCCGAGGAGGAGGAGCGUCUCCGCAGGGAGGACGAGGCCCGCAAGGAAAAGGAGGAGAGGGACCGUCUCGAGGUCGAGGAGAGGGAGCGCAGAGCCCGCGAGGAGCGCGAGCGCAUGCGCCAGGAGAGGGAGCGCCAGCAGGAGGAGUGGCGCAAGGCGAGCAUCUCGGACGCCUCGCCUGGUACCGCCGGUGCCGGUGCUGCACCGGCCGACGCCGCCGCCGCCGCGCCUGCCCCGGCUGCUCCCGCCGAGAAGAAGCAGUUCCAGUUCACCAGUCUGGAUGACCUCGAUGACGAUGACGACGACUAG